CACGUUAAUUUCCACUUGCAUUCCUAGGUUUCUACGUUUCCUUCUAAUUUCCAUUUUCUUUAAUUCAUUUUAUAUUUCCCCAUUCCGGCGGGUUCCCUCGCCGACGGGCGGCUGCUAAGCAGCCAGCCAUAACACUAGCUGGGAAUAGGAUUACUGUUUCUACCGUCACAUUCUUGCUGCAAAUCUCCCAACCAACCCAUCGUUACCGGAGACCAGAAUAAGAUCUUGUUGGCGUGACAGCCUUCUCUAGUCUGGCAAACAAGAAGUGCUAGUUUGCAAAAUUGUGUUGUUGAGAAUGGCCGGAGAGAAUGGCAAUGUGAUAGAGCACAAGGCGUAUGCCAGGGUGGGAUUGCUGGGAAAUCCUAGCGAUGUUUAUUAUGGGCGAACCAUUUCUUUCAGCCUUGGCAACUUCUGGGCUUCAGUGCGUUUGCAACCUUCUAAAGAGCUUGUUAUUGUGCCACACCCUACUCAUGAUUUGGUCCAAUUUGAGUCCCUCUCUCACAUGGUGAAUCGGUUGCAAGCUGAAGGGUAUUAUGGAGGGGUUCGUUUGCUUAUGGCCAUAUGCAAAGUUUUUCACAACUACUGCAGGGAUGAGAAUAUCAGUUUACGCGAAGGAAAUUUUACCCUGUCAUAUGAUACCAAUAUACCUCGCCAGACAGGGCUAUCGGGGUCUAGUGCCAUCGUCUGUGCUGCUCUUAGCUGCUUUUUGGAUUUCUAUAAUGUGAGGCAUUUGAUUAAGGUUGAGGUUAGGCCCAACCUUAUUCUUAAUGCCGAGAAGGAACUUGGCAUUGUUGCUGGUCUCCAGGACAGGGUGGCACAGGUGUACGGGGGGCUUGUUUACAUGGAUUUCAGCAAAAAGUACAUGGAAGAAUUGGGGCAUGGAAAUUAUACGCCUAUGGAUAUUACUAUUCUUCCCCCUCUUUAUCUUGUCUAUGCCGAGAAUCCGAGUGAUUCUGGAAAGGUGCACAGUGCAGUUAGGCAGAGAUGGUUAGAUGGUGAUGAGUUCAUUAUAUCGUCAAUGGAUGAGGUAGCUAAUAUUGCUUUGGAAGGGAGGGCUGCAUUGCUUGCAAAGGACUAUGGCAAGUUGGUGACUCUCAUGAACCGUAAUUUUGAUCUGCGAAGGAGCAUGUUUGGCGACAAUGCACUUGGUGCUCUUAAUAUUAAGAUGAUUGAAGUGGCACGAAGGGUUGGUGCUGCAUCAAAAUUCACUGGGAGUGGAGGUGCUGCCGUGGUUUUCUGUCCUGACGGACCUUCACAAGUAGAGCUUCUGGAGGAUGCAUAUCACAAGGCUGGUUUUGUCAUUGAACCAGUUAAGUUUAUUCCUUCUCUUUUAAAUGAUAUCGAUCUCAAGUCUAUAUCUUCAAAAUAAACCUGCAGAAGUAGGGAUGUUACUUUCCAUUAUGUUCCAUAAAAGCUUAUACAGCCCAGAGCAAGCUGGGAUUUUUCCAGUUUCUAGUGAACAUUUAUACGUCUUUGAAUCUCUGUCUGUUGCCAUUGUCGAAAAAGGAAAAACAUAUCUUAUCUUCGGGGAAAUCUGGAUUACUAUUCUAAAUUUCUAAGUGCUCUGUAUUUUGGCAAAUUACAAAUGUUAGGAUACUACAUGUAGCAUUUACAGUCACUUAUAUGAUUUUUUGCUC